ACUGGUCUUUCUCCUCCGCAGGUUAAGCCUACUCCUCAAUAAACAUCUUAUCUCAUCCACCUAUUUCAUAGCCUCGUCUUCCUCCAUGAGGCUACUACUCGACUCGGGAUAUUCCUACUGUUCGGACUAAACUGGAUCUACUCAUGCUGGACCGACUGUGCAAUACCAACAAUGGAGCACGCUGCCCGUCCGCGGAGGCAUUCUGGUAGGAAGGCCGGCCACCACACUACAUAAGAUAGAGCUGGCGGAGAAAGCUCGAAGAGCUUAGCUUCCCUUGUCUCUGUUCUGCCCAAGCUUUGAACUUCCUGUAUGUAUUUCGAUCGAACCACUUGAAAAACUCCCAGUGUGUAGGAGACAGCCCUCCCUGCAGGCCGAUCUAUGAGGGAAGGUAAAUUCCACAUCUCUAUCCCCUAGGUAAAGUACUCUAUAAGAAAGAAGGACAGCUCAGCUCUAUCUAUGAGGUAAAGAUACCCUGAUUAAGGCGGUGCAACGGACAGCUAGCUAUAGAAUCGGUAGCCGGGCGGAGCAGCUCGAAGAGGGGCAUCUAUCUCUAUUGAUCGAGCUAAAGGUUUUUAUUCCGGGGAGGAGAAAAGGAAGUCAAGUGCUACUUAUUACAAAAGGCGAACCACAAAAGGAAGAGCUUUUUCUCGGUAUCAAUGACUCACUUAUAGGCAAAAGAAAAAAGAGUGGACUUGGUCAUCGCUAUUGGUUUUCUUUAAAGAUCCAUCAACUCAAAGAGAAUGAUUGUCGGAAGCGGAAGUGACUUCGCGGGCGUGCAUACUUACUUAGUUACGACUUCUUCCAACUGCGAGGAAAAAGCUUUCCAGCAGUCCAAGCAGAUGCGAGUGAAAUUGCUGCUCCGGAAUUAUUUUUCGCUUUUAUGAAGCCUGGAACCAUGUGUAGCCUGUGCGAAGGAAGCCUAGACUGGAAAGGUGGGAUCGAAUCCAUCCUAAAAAAGAAAGAAUUACCCUUCAUCUCUUGAGCUCAGUAGGAUAUACUUGAUUCAACUUUCGGUUAGCAUGAAAAUGCAACUAUAUGCUUAACGCAUUUAGUUCAAUGUAGGUGUAGGUAAGGAUGUGCUCUAAGGGAUAAAUUUUUCUAUUCCCAUCCCGAAUCUACUUAUCGAUACUCGUUUCAUUCAGUUCUUUAUAAGAGCAGUAGUCACAUCCUGUCUUCUAUCCCCUCCUCCACCCCAUGCGCGGAAGGAAGUUUCUUUUGGCGGUAUCGUAUAUAAAGAUUACGACUUAAUUUAGAAAAACUCUUAAUAUCGUAAGAGAAGAAGAAGAAUCUGACGCCCAAAAAUCCCAUUUCUUUUCGUUGGUCAACAACCAACAAAACAAAUUUAUUAGUUCUUCACUACUCGUACAGGAAAAAGUAACUUUCUGUAUGGGGGGAAUCCUUUAUUCUCAAUCAAGAUGCCUCAACUGGAUAAAUUCACUUAUUUCACACAAUUCUUCUGGUUAUGCCUUUUCUUCUUUACUUUCUAUAUUGCCAUAUGCAAUGAUGGAGAUGGACUACUUGGGAUCAGCAGAAUUCUAAAACUACGUAACCAACUGCUUUCACACCGUACGAACAACAUCCGGAGCAAGGACCCCAACAGUUUGGAAGAUAUCUUGAGAAAAGGUUUUAGCACCGGUCUAUCCUAUAUGUACUCCAGUUUAUUCGAAGUCUCCCAAUGGUGUAAGGCCGUCGACUUAUUGGGAAAAAGGAGGAAGAUCACUUUGAUCUCUUGUUUCGGAGAAAUCAGCGGCUCACGAGGAAUGGAAAGGAACAUAUUAUAUUUGAUCUCGAAGUCCUCAUAUAGCACUUCUUCCAAUCCUGGAUGGGGGAUCACUUGUAGGAAUGACAUAAUGCUAAUCCAUGUUCUACACGGCCAAGGAAGCAUCGGUUUUUAAUCUCCUUAUGACUUGGUCGUUCAGAAGAGAUUCUUUCUCGAUCAGAAUAGUGGAAUGGAAGGCACUACAAGAAAGAUAUACUCCUUUUCAAAUCGCCCCGCGAAGACAGACGUUCAGAAAGGUUCUCGAGAUUCUCAAUCGCUCUUUUUUUAGUGGGGAGGAAUAGUACGGGAAGGGAGCGAGACCAAGCCGAGACACUAGUAGAGUAAGCCCUUCCCACGUGUCAAAAUGAAUUGCAGCCUCAACCAGAGAGAUCAACCUGCGCCUUUGAUGUUAGGCCCCGGUGGAAAGUUUUCCGAAACCGGAACUUAAUGGAAUUGUUACUUUCCAAAAAUGCUUUCUGAAAAGAAAGAAGGUCCAUUUUCCCACGUAGUUCGUCGGUCAAACCAACAAUUCUCUUCUCAAAGUAAUAGGGAGAUCCUU